GUUUUUUGCGAUUCGUUCAUAAAGGUAUUCGACGUUAAGCCAAUUUCAACGAUAAUGUUUAUCUAAUGGGUAAAGUUGAUACAUUCAUUCAAGAGAACUUCCCAAAGAUUGUCGACGACAGUGUGGAGUUCACGCAGUUACCUUGCAUCAGGACACGAAUUAUCGUACCAGUAGAGGAUGGCCAACCUAUCGAGAGAGUUUCCAUUGAAAGAGGAACGAGUAUUGCGCAAAGUACCCUUGACUAUUUCAAUAGAAUACCUCACGAAAGGAUAGAACAUUCAAUAGAGACAUUAAUUUACAAGGCGACCCUACUUUACUUCGAAGAUGACUUUCGACUAACAGAUUGCGCAGAUUUGGAUGAUAAGUCCUCUGUCGGUAGCUGUGAUAUCAUUCAGGAUUAUAGAAGGAGUGGCAAAGAUGUAGCGAAAGCGGUGACAAAUGGAUCCAUGGAUGCGUCAUUUAAUGCUCCUAUCCAGCAUCGUGGUGCGGUCCCAGUCAGACUGAAUGCUAGUCGUGUACCGAAUGUAAAGUACUCGUCUACAGAAAGUUUGAAGUCGCUGGAUUCCACAGGCAGUGAUCCGCAAGAUACCAUAGAAACGAGGCUUAUUGCCAUACACCAGAAUUCCUCUGACUAG